GGCGGGCGGCGCGAGGGCGCGCGCACGCGUUGCCAUGGGACGCGGGCGGCGGGGGAGGGGGGUUACGUGGUGACGUUAAUUCUAUAUGAGCGCGAGCGGCGGGAGCGCGGGUCCUUUCACCGCCGGCCGCGCGGCGCCUCCGCCUCGCUGCUCCUGAGUCACCGCCGCCCGCGGGCCGCGCAGUGUUUGAAAUCUAGCAGAAUGGCAGACAUAGACAACAAAGAACAGUCUGAACUUGAUCAGCAGGAUAUGGAAGAUGUUGAAGAAGUAGAAGAAGAAGAAACUGGUGAAGAUGCCAACAGCAAAGCUCGGCAGUUGACUGUGCAGAUGAUGCAAAAUCCUCAGAUUCUUGCAGCCCUUCAGGAAAGACUUGAUGGUCUGGUAGGAUCAUCUGCAGGAUAUGUAGAAAGCUUGCCUAAAGUUGUUAAAAGACGUGUGAAUGCUCUCAAGAACCUUCAAGUUCAGUGUGCACAGAUAGAAGCAAAGUUCUAUGAGGAAGUUCAUGAGCUGGAAAGAAAGUAUGCUGCUCUCUAUCAGCCCUUAUUUGACAAGCGAAGUGAAAUCAUCAAUGCCAUUUAUGAACCUACAGAAGAAGAAUGUGAAUGGAAAGCAGAUGCUGAUGAAGAAAUUUCAGAGGAAAUGAAAGAGAAAGCUAAGCUUGAAGAAGAAAAAAAAGAUGAAGAAAAAGAAGACCCUAAAGGAAUCCCUGAGUUUUGGCUGACAGUAUUCAAGAAUGUGGACUUGCUCAGUGAUUUGGUUCAGGAACAUGAUGAACCUAUCCUGAAAUACUUAAAAGAUAUAAAAGUGAAAUUUUCAGAAGUUGGACAGCCUAUGAGUUUUACGUUAGAAUUUCAUUUUGAACCAAAUGACUACUUCACAAAUGAAGUGUUGACAAAGACGUAUAGAAUGAGGUCAGAGCCAGAUGAUUCUGAUCCCUUUUCCUUCGAUGGACCAGAAAUCAUGGGUUGUACAGGUUGCCAAAUAGACUGGAAAAAAGGAAAGAAUGUUACUCUGAAAACCAUUAAGAAGAAGCAAAAACAUAAGGGCCGUGGAACAGUCAGGACAGUGACAAAAACUGUUUCCAAUGACUCUUUCUUCAACUUCUUUAGUCCUCCUGAAGUUCCUGAAAGUGGAGAACUGGAUGAUGAUUCCGAGGCAAUCCUUGCUGCAGACUUUGAAAUAGGCCAUUUCUUGCGUGAACGUAUAGUCCCUCGGUCAGUGCUCUACUUCACUGGAGAAGCUAUUGAAGAUGAUGACGAUGAUUAUGAUGAAGAAGGUGAAGAGGCAGAUGAUGAGGAGGGAGAAGAAGAAGCAGAUGAAGAAAAUGAUCCUGAUUAUGACCCAAAAAAGGAUCAAAACCCAGCAGAAUGCAAGCAGCAGUGAAGCAGUGUGUCUGUGGCCUUGAGGAUUACCUGCACUGUAAUAGCCUAAACACAACUAUUAGUUACUUACAGCCUUAUGUUUUGUAUCUUGGUAGAAUUAAGUAACCAAUUUGUUAAAAAAAAAGAAAUUGAACACUUAAGAACCAGUUUAAAAUGUAGGUUCAAUCUACCUAGCAUUUUAACAGUAUAAUUUUCUGCCAAUAUGUAGAAUGCAGUAAAUGCCCUAAAGCAUGAAUGUUAAUUCAUUGCUACAUAGUUUGGUUCUUGUGAAGUCUUUGUCAUGUAGCUAUUAGACUGCAGCUGUGAAGAUGAUCAGAACUGUUAACUGAGACCAAUAUUUGUUUAGAGAAAACUCUCUCCUGAAGAACCAACCAAAGUAUUUUUUCAGCCCAGUAGUCUGAACGGGUUUAAGUCUGCUUGCACUAGCUGUGCCUUCAUUACUUUGUUAUAGAAAUGGCAGUGACUUGUACUAACUAGAAGAUGAUGAUGCAUUUUAAAUUUGACUACUUGAGAAGACUAGUAUAACUUGUUUAAUUUCCCAACGAGACCACAUUAAGCAUUCAUAACUGUCAGCUUGUUUAUGCUAUUUUAUGUUUUGUAUUUUAUGUGACAUAGUGAUCUACAAAAGAAGCCUAGUCAUCAUAUUAAGGUUAUUGUUUACCGCAGGGGUGUGAAUAAAACCUAGUAUUUUAAGAAGCUAGUCUUGUUUUAUUACUUGUGUAUCUGCAUGUGUAAACUGGUAAUGCAUAUCUUACAUGCUGCAGUUCAUGUUUUACUAGACAUAAAAGCUGGUAAUUACUGAAAAGUAAAUUAUAUAGCAUUUGAAAAACAAACACAAUAGUUUGGAAAGUUUGAUCCAUACUUUGUACUUGCAGUGUGAUACUUGUGAAUCUGAGCUCAGUGUUUCAGUGAUUGGUCCACACUGCCAUUUUAGAGAAGACAAGUUCUUAGAAGUGGGGCUAGAUCUGAUAAAGGACUUCGCUAUUGCCGUGCCUGACUCUAAGGCAUUUGCCUAUUAGUAUGAAAUCUGGAGCAAAGUGCCUUGGAUUUUCAGUCUGUGUAGGCAGAGCUAGGUGGUCCUGAAGAGAACAUGCCCUGCAGCCAAAGAGAGUGCUGGAAACACAUGGCUGUGUUCUCAUUUGUCCUCACUGUAUUAAGCAUCUACGAGGAAACAAACCCAAAGAAAUUCUGUUUUCUUCACCUAAUGUUCUGUUCACUGUGCUUGUGUUUGCACGUUCUGGUUCAUACUUUGUCCAUAUUGGAUAUUUUUGUCAGUUGAAACACGUGGGCUAGAAGAUCGUUCUUGUCUUGUUCUGACCUUGCCUCUGGCUUAGCAGUGGAAGUGCUUGAUGAGAUGGGAUUUAAACAUACUGAACUGAAAGAGGCUAUUAACUGAUGUAUUCUGAGUUUUUCCAGUCAGUAGCAUGCUACUGUACUCUGUGUCUUGUCCUUCAUGCAGCUAUGUAAGUUCUGAUCUUCUAAGCAAGUAGAUAGCUUUUUCAGGGAUGGAAGGGUCCUGUAAGUGUUGGAAAGAAAUGUCCAGCUAGCCAUGGAUCUAUUUCUGCAGUAGCUGUGGCUUUUUUGUGCCACUUACACCUUUAGCCAUAAAGGUUUGAAAAGUGCAGGGCAUGCAGGAGGCAGCAACCACAUGAGGAUAGGGCUGGUGGAAGAGUUUCUGUAGCAUGUCUCUUGCCUGGAGGGUAAGUAAUAUAGAAUGAAGCUUAUCACAAGUGCCCUUCUAAAUCCUCAGCCCCCCUCAAGAAGAUGUGGGUCUAGUGUCCUCUGACUAAACUUGUUUUAGUUUUGUUACUGAUUUUUCUUUUUAACUCCUUGAAGGUUUAAAUACCACACUGCUUCCUUUUUGAGAAUAUCUGUCAGGUAUCAUCUGUCUCCUCUUCUGUAUCUGUGAACAACCACUCUGAGUAGCUAUGUGUUGAAGUAUAUAUGGUUGUUUUUUUUGUGGUAUGCUUAUCCUACGAGGCACUGACCCUGCCAAGUGUUUGAGUUUCACAUGGUCUCUUCUCUAAGCAUCUCCCAGAGUAAAGUUUAAACUUGAGGGCAUGUAGAGACCAAACUGAUGGUAUGUUCUGAGCUUGAGAAGUUGUGAAGAUGGGGCUUUGGGGUUCAUACUUCUGAAUAUGGGAAGUCUCUGAAGUCCUUACUUAGAUCUAGCCCAUUUUUGCUAACAGCAUCUGGUAGUUGUAUUUUAAAAAGAAAAGGAACUGUUCAAAAUUGUAAGUUUCAAAACUCACUAUUUAACAAAUUUGGCUUGCUCUUUGAUUACUUUCUCAUUUAAUACUUUAUAAAAUAAAAUGGGAUACAAUAUAUGAAAAGUGGAUUUGUUAGAUGUCAAAGUGCACCUGCAGCCUGCAAGAUCCAGGGUCAUGAAUAUAUGCUAUUGACAGAUUUUGGUAAGCUUCUCUCCGGAUUGACAUGCUAGUUCUAAAUCAGCAGUUCUUGUGCUCUCCAGACUGCAGCAAAAAGAAGAAGAAUAUAAAUGAGGUGCCAGUUCUUAUGGCAUUGGUUAAAUUAAAACUGUUCUGGUGCUUACUGUAGUUUUGUUAUCAAUGACACUCUUGUUUAGCAGUUCUGAAAGGCAGUAUGUAGCAGGAACAUUAAACUUUCAAGAUUGA